AUGGCACGUCUGUUGGAUCUUCCAGCGGAAGUGAUUCUAUCCAUUGCUGAAUACCUACAAAUCGACACGAAGCAGGCACCGCUGCAAUUCUAUGAAUAUGGAGAUGCCUAUGGCUACGUGAAAGACCAUGAUCCUCCACCGAGCGUCAGAAACCUCCAUUCUUUCCUGCUCGCCGCCAAUCGCCCCUAUAGUCGUUUUCUCCAGGAAAUGUUCUAUCGCGAUGUAUUUGUCCCGGGCCGUCUUAAUCACAGCGAAAAGGGUGCCAAAAAUUGUCCGCUGCAACUGCUAGACCGGACUCUUAAGGAGGAUCCGAGUCUCCAGGAACACAUCAUUUCAGCGACCAUUCCAUGUGAAGAUUCUAUUCAUUUCGGUCAAUUCUUUUGGUUCACCAACAUACGAGAGCUUACCAUCAUUGGUUCGUACACGGGCGAUUGGGAUCCUUCGUUUGAAGGCGACUCACAUAUUGGCACUUCACCCGUCGAAUGUUUAAGGCUGAUCAGUUGUGAAGCGGACGAGGAGGCUCUAACCACUAUAUUCAGCUGGCCGGCAGCGUUGAAAAAGUUCACUUCGAUGUUGAACAAGGCGCAUGGUAUUGCAGUUGCGGGAACUGCGGAAUCCCGCCGUGGUCAUGUGCUGCAUUUAGGACUGGGGGAUGGACCUCACAUUGACUUGACCGAGUUCACGGCUCUUAAAACUCUGCGCAUUUACCACGUCUUUCUCUGCGGGGAGGGACAUCCCGAGCCCUGGCAAAGCUUACCUCGCAGUCUGGUGGUGUUGGAGGUCUAUUACGACGAUUUACGGAUCGGCGAGUACUUGUCGGGGGCUGAUCGAGCGCCGCUCGAUCAUUUUAUUCCUAAAUUAAUCCAGCAUAAGAGGUCGCAUCUUCCAAAUUUACACACUAUGAUCGUCCACUCGUCUGAAGGAACCUCUGACCCGGAGCUAUCGACAUCUAGCGAUUGGACUGUCGGACUCUGGGAGGUGCCACCUUUGCUUGCGCAAGUAUGUGACGAAGCUGGUGUGAAGUUGAAUGUAUGGCUGGGAAGUGAAGAGGGUCUCAAGUUUGAUGAGGAAGAUGAUAUUCUUCGGUCACUGAAAAGGAGCCAAAGCAAACAUCCUAUUCCUCCAAGCAACAAAGUGGCUCGAGAUCAGUAUAUAUCAGACUUAAUUCUCUCCUAG